AUGGGCAUUUUGAAUUUCUUGCCCUUCUUCUGGCUCUUUUUCUUCUUUACGCUGGCAUUAGUUGCAUCAGAAGAUGAUAACGGAAAUGUUGGCAAGAUUUCUAGAUUAACGAAUCCUCCACCUCCACCUCCACCUCCCCCGCCUUUGCCACUGCCUUCCGAUGCGAAAGCUCCACCGUUCAAGCCUGGUGUUGCCAUAAUUGUUGGAGUACUCACCACCAUUUUCUCCAUCACUUUUCUGUUGCUUCUAUAUGUAAAGCACUGUAAAAGGGAUAUCCAUGUCAAUAACUCCAGAGGGUACCCUCAAUCAGCAAUGGUAGCAAGGAAAAAUUCAGGAAUCGACCCGAAAGUGAUUGCAUCACUACCCAUAUUCCGGUUUAAAUCGUUGAGGGGUCAAAAGGAUGGCCUGGAAUGUGCAGUUUGCCUCAAUAAAUUCGCACCCGAUGAAGUUCUUAGAUUAUUGCCAAAAUGUAAGCAUGCUUUCCAUGUCGAAUGUGUGGAUACUUGGCUUGAUGCUCAUUCAACUUGCCCACUCUGUCGCUACCGGGUCGACCCGGAAGACAUUCUUCUGGUCGAUUAUGAGAAUAAAUCUCUGUAUAAUCAUGACCAGUCUAAUGAAAAAUUGAGCUGUGCUCUACUAUCUCCUAGCCAGAAGGGGAAAGAAUUCGUUAAUCCGAGAGUUUCAGGGAGGCAUUCGUCAGCCGGAGAAAGAGGAAAGUCGUUAGAAAUUAUAGUCGAAAAUCCCCGCAAGGAUUUCAGCAGAAGAUCACUUGAUAGCUGGAAAUCCGGCAAGAAAAAGUGGUCCAGAAAAGACAGCCUGGCGGAGAACUCCAGUCAGGAAUUAGGUAGCAAAUCCCUAGAUAGCUCAAAAUCCAGGAGAACGUUAGCUAAUGAAUCCCGAAAAGACGGGUUGCUGCUGGAAAAGCAGAAGCAGGUUGAAAAGCAUCGCCUGGAACACCGGAUCAUAAUUGCCGGGGAGGCUCAAGCAAGCAGCAGCAACAGUAGCCACGACCACCGCUGGAGCGACGUACAGCCACCAGAUUUACUCUACUUACGAUCGGAAAUGAUUCUGAGUACAAGCCUGGGGUUCUCACGGCGGCGGAAAAUCGGCGGAGAUGAAAACGACACGGCGGAGGGGAGUGGCAGAGGUGUAAUAAAUGAAAGAAGUGUGUCUGAAAUCACAGGAAUGAGUAGGUACAGAAGUAAUGGAAAACAGGAGGAAGAGGGACAAAGACAUGAGGGGGUUGUAAAGAGGUGGUUGGCUUGGAUUUCACAAUCCCAACAGCAGAAAAAGACAGCUGUACAGUCUGCCAGGCCUUCUUCUUCUUCUUCUUCUUCUUCUUCUAAUACCUCCAUUGUUGUUUAG